CGAUAGUUUUCCAGCUGUGGACCGGCUGGCAAAGCGGAUUCCGCAAACAACAAAUUUCAGCGAAUUGCGCCAAGAUCUGGGAAGAUGGCGCGGAAAAUAGCUUCAGUUUCAAAAACUGUCAUUUCGAAGUUGGUCGCUGAACAGAAAAGGGGUCUGUGAUUUCAAACAAUUUGCUGUAAACAAAAAAUGUCUGCCGAAGCACUGAAGAAAAAAUUGGAGGAAACCGAAUUACCCGAACCAAAGAAAAUGAAGGUUGAUUCAAAGUGCGUGUUGCGGUUCGCAAAGCUGACUGAACAUGCUUUAGAACCAGUGCGUGGGUCGGCGCGCGCGGCUGGUCUAGACCUACGCAGUGCCUAUGAUCUGCUGGUGCCAGCACGCGGUAAGGCAAUUGUGAAAACUGAUUUACAAGUACAAGUGCCUGAGGGAUCUUACGGCCGGGUCGCUCCACGUUCGGGACUGGCUGUUAAGAACUUCAUAGAUGUUGGUGCCGGUGUCGUAGACGAGGACUACCGUGGAAACUUGGGCGUUGUGCUUUUCAAUCAUUCAGAUGCUGACUUCGAGGUGAAACGUGGCGAUCGCAUUGCACAAUUUAUUUGUGAGCGCAUUUUCUAUCCUGAACUGGAGGAAGUAGAUAAACUUGAUGCUACUGAACGUGGAACUGGUGGUUUCGGUUCGACUGGAAUAAAGGAGGUAUCUGCCAAAAAUGGUAAUGGCGCCGCUCCAAUGGAAGCUGAGGAUGGGAAACCUUCAGAAGAUACUUCGAAAGAGCCUGAAUCUAAAGUUGAUAGUGUCGAAGUUGCAGAAAGUAAAGAAGUUGCCAAAGAAUCUACAACCAAUGAAAAGGUGUCGGAAGUUGCCAAUGGAAGUACCGCUGUUGCCACUGCCUAAACGUGAUGGAUGUCCUUAUUUGUCUCAGUCCAAAAGUCAUUAUUAGUUCGUAAGAAACGCGUUGUUCCAUUCAUUAAAAUUCAUACCCAUGUACUUAGCCGUAAAAAUGUGCUUUCAUUGUCGAACUAGUUUUAUACAUAAGUUGGAA